GUCGCUGCAAACAAACGCGCGGGCGCUCGUCGUGAUACGUGUUAUCAUCGUGCGCUUACACACGUGUCUUAACAACGAACAAAUACAAUUAUUUCAUACAACAAAAUAAUUAACUAAAAAUUUAUUUGACUAUAAAAUGUAAAUAUUAAUCUCACUAGAAAUAUAUAUUUAAUAAUAUAAAUAAAUAAAAAGUGAAAAUAUCAAAAUUUUACAGAGGUAAAUUUAAACUUUCAUAGAAAGUCAAAAUAUUUCUAUUAAAAAACUGAAACUUUGUUGUGAAUUAAACUGAACUGAAACUAAACUAAACUCAGCUAAAGUUACAAGUGUAAGUAAACACGUGAGUGCGAAUAUUAUGUGCGAAAUUAUUUGUGGUUUCGGUUGCUAAAACUUUCAACAUUAAGGUCGCACGCUGGGGGGCCCGAAUCCGGAGCCAGAGUACGCCCGGAGCCGCGCCCGGUCCACCGACGGCCCGCAGCGACCGCCGCCACCAUCGGCGGCGCGGCCACGAGCCAACACCGCCGCCGCCGCCGGUGCCGCUACUCCGCGCCCCCUCUUCGACGGAUAUGUGCACGCCGAGUGGGAGGUGGGCCACGGCGGCUCCUCCACCGGCAUGGAGGUGGAAGUCCGUGAGGAGAUCCUGCCCGCGGACUCCACCGCACUACUGGCCAACAAUACAUCGCAUGCGAUGUCCGAUGGGCCAGUGGUGAUUGUGCGUGCCGAAGAGGUGUUGCUCGUGGUCCUGGUAUUAAUCCUGUGGGUCGCCGCCAUUGCGCUCUUCAUCAAUCGUUGGGGCAAGAUUCGAAUGCUGGAGCCGUAUCAACCAAAGUUCCAGAGCCAAAACCAUCGACCGUCCUGUCCACUAGCGCCGUUAUCACCGCCUCAUAUCACUCCUCAGCAGAGGAUGUCCUUCUCGAAAUACAACGUGAAUUGCUUCGGUGAUUAUUCCGGACUACCGUCGCCGAACUCAAUGCGCCGCCCGCGACUCAAUUCCGUCUUCGUGGGCAGUUCAACAAUGGCGUUCAUGAAUCCACCGCGACGCGUCAAGAGCGCCAUCGAUAUUCAACACCUUGUACUAUCAUCAGAUCGUACGCCUGCCUACCGCUCCAUGCUGCCGAUGAUCAGCUAUCGUGAGCGUAAGCCCUCCAUCACCGUCGACCGCCCGUAUUGCCACUCGUCCACCAUCUCAACCGCCUCCAAGCAUCACCAUCGCCCAUCACUGGCAUCCGAUCGGCCUCUACUGUCGCACUAUCAACAAUUUCGCACGCGGCGAUCAUCGUGCGCCGUUGAUACGCGCCAUCGGAACUUUAUCAGUUUCGACCAACCGAGGCGCAAAGCGUCCAUGGCUAUCGAGCGGCCAUCUUGCAGUUAUCAAGGCCCGAUGAUCAGCUUCGAAUCUUCCACACCAGGCGGCAGCAUUGAUCAUCCCAGCGUGGUAGUCAACCGCCCGAAAUACAGUCGUAGCUUUGAACAACCAACAGAUUUCAAAACACUACCGCCCCCUAGAAUGGCGGCAAGUUUAGAUGUCAAUGCAGCAAGUUUUGAUCGACGUACAUCUAUCCCCGAAGAAGAUGUCGAAGUAGAAGCUAUCGAAAGCGCUGAGAUGAGUGAGAUGACCAGUGCGCUUGCGCAGAAGAAUCAAGAGAUUCGUAAAAGUUCAUCUGUCAUUGUAAUGUUCGACGAGGCUGACGUCACCGCCAAUGCGCCGCUGCUCGAACGACUGAAAAGCUCCGACGUGUGAUAAUUACUGACGGCUUUUGUUUUCCCCCGCCAUUUUGUCCAACAUAUAGUAACAAGUUCAUAUCGAAAACGAGUAUAUAUCACCUAACCUAACAUUUUUCACGAUAUGAGAAACAGGUAAAAUUAUCACACUACUUUAUCACGAUUUCAAGAUGGCGCGUGUGAAGUAGUGUACACGAUUUUGUAUACACAAUAACAACAACAAAUGUUUAUAAUAGAUAUAAAUAUAAUCUUGAUGAUUUCUCCAUUAGAAACAAGGUUUGCGUCGUGAAUCAUCCACUUUUAUAUCACUGAUACACUUAGAGGUUAACUGUUGAUGAUUCAAUGGCAAUUCGGCGAACCUUUCGAUUGCAACGGUGCUUUAUAUGUAAAUAAUCGUCGUGAAAUAUGAAUAACAUUAGUUCUUGUUUUACAUUCAGAGUUUAUUACAGAGUAAUAGAUGGCGUAAGUGGUGCGUCUUGAUUGUAGUUAACAUAACAUAACCUAACGUAUCAACCAUUUAAAACUUGUUAUGUUAAAUUAAGAGUAUAUAUCACUUCGUAUCACAUCGAAACCACUACACUUAAAUUACAGGGCCAUAUUGAAUAAAUUCUCAAAUUUAAACAUAAAAAUUUUCACUUUGAUUAUUGUUAGAUUUACAGAGCUCGUUAAUAUUUUCAAAGUAAGUGUGAUUUUACUAUUAUUUUACUAUUUUGUAUUGCUCAUAUUUAUGCAAUGUAGGCAACCCAAAUAACACAUUAGCACAGCGUAUACUAGUGAAUUUAAUAUUUUACGUUCACAUUUCACUAAAAAUAACAAAAUAGGUUUUUUAAAACCAGAAGUGUUGUUUGGUGUAUGAUAUGUUGCCUAUAGUCUAGAUUUUUUUAUUUAAUUUUAUGAAUAGAUAGAAUAUUAUGUUCCGCAAAUUCCAUCCGAGUCGUACAACAAAAAACAUAAAACGAAACUAACAUAUACAUAACCAUUACUAACCAACAAGCCAACUUCUCCUAUAAACAAAUAUCUAAAACUAUGAAUAAUACCUACGCAUAUAUAAACCUAACCUAAACAAGCAAAUACUAUAUAUUUCGAGUUAGAUCCUAGCAGAUGAGAUAAUUUUUUACUCGUAACUCUUACAACUAAACCUAUAACUCAAUAAAAAUAAAUAAUAACUUGUAGAGUGUUGAAAAGUUGAAACUUGUGAAACAAUUAUAUGAAUAUCUUGAAAAACAAAUAACAAUAUCUAUAUAUGUACUACACUACAUAUGAAAAAUUAUAGUAUUGUGAUAUAUUUAUAAAACUCCAUUAAUACAGGCAGUUUUAAUGAUUAACAAUAAAUUAUUAUUGUCAAUAAUUAACACCCUGGGCAUACAAUUACCAAAUACCAAUUACCAACUUGUAUAGGACCAAAACAAAACUUUACUAAAUAUUAAUAAACAUAUUACUAACAAAUUAAUAAUAAAAAUAAGAAAUAUUCUAGAAAAAAAUGUUUGAUGAUUUGAAUUUUAUUAAUAUACAGUUUGUUUAUUGUAAAAUUAAUGUAAAACAUUGUAUGUACGAUGAAAAGCUUUAAAUUGCUUUAAAUUUAAAUAAAUGUUUUCCU